AUGGAACUACUUUGGCAUCUGGCGGUAUUGAUUAGUCAAUCAGAUUAUGGGACGUUAAAACAGGAUUAUAAAAAGCCUAAUUAGAUGGACAUAGUGGAAGUGUUUUUUCAGUAUGCUUCUCACCUGAUGGAACUACUUUAGCAUCUGGUAGUAAUGAUAACUCAAGUGGAUUAUGGGAUGUUAAAACAGGAUAAUAAAAAGCCAAAUUAGAUGGUCAUAGUGGAAGUGUCUAUUUCGUAUGCUUCUCACCAGAUGGAACUAAUUAGCAUCUAGUAGUGGUGAUAAGUCAAUUAGAUUAUGGGAAGUUAAAACAGGAUCAUAAAAAGCAAAGUUAGAUGGUCAUACUAAAGAUGUCUAUUCAGUAUGCUUCUCACCUGAUGGAACUACUUUAGCAUCUGGUAGUGGUGAUAAGACAAUCAGAUUAUGGGAUGUUAAAAUAGGAUAAUAAAAGGCCAAAUUAGAUGGUCAUAGUACUUAUGUACGAUCAGUAUGCUUCUCACCUGAUGGAACUACUUUAGCAUCUGGUAGUGGUGAUAAGUCAAUCAGAUUAUGGGAUGUUAAAACAGGUAAAUAAAAAGCCAAAUCAGAUGGUCAUAGCAAUUCUGUCCUAUCAGUAUGCUUCUCAUCAAAUGGAACUUCUUUAGCAUCAGGUGGUGGAAGUAUUUAUGGAGGCGGAGAUUGUUCAAUCAGAUUAUGGGAUGUUAAAACAGGAUAAUAAAAAGCCAAAUUAGAUGGUCAUGAACAUUGGGUACAUUCAGUAUGCUUCUCACCAGAUGGAACUACUUUAGCAUCUGGUAGUAAUGAUUAGUCAAUCAGAUUAUGGGAUAUUAAAACCGGUUCACAAAUUUAAACUACAGAUCCAAAUUUCAAAUCCCUUCUAUCAUAAUUCAAAUUACCCAAAAAUACGAAUAUUUCAAUUUCGGAACGUAUUUUAUGCUCAUUUAUUUUAGUAAACUCCAAUUUGACCAUUCUACUUAUAUCCUAAUAAGCCAUAUUUCAAGCCUAGGAUGCUCUAAUUCUAAAAGGAUAAUUUUAGAAUCAAUCUGGUAUCGAUUUAAAAACAUUAUUUAAACAAAAAGGAAGUUGCUUUGUGGAUACUUAUUCAUUUAAAUGA